UUCUUAUUCCUCACUUGUGUGUGUAUUUUCAUUUUGCGGUCCCUAUUUUCUUUGGAUGGCCCUUUCGCGGGGGCCUCUCCAAAGGUAGAGCGAUCGAAGGGGGCACAAAGAACCCUUCGACUCGCGUAACAAAGAAAGGGAGAGAGGGGAGGGAGGAUGCGGUCUAGCCGAGAGGUAAUGGCCAAUUUCAGUUCCAGCGAGAUUGUGAACGCAAGCGAGAAAAUAACGAUAUUCCAGAAAUCCAUCCCCUUGAUAUUGGCUGCUGGAAAAGUAUCUAACUUCCAACAGUUGGAGCCAACGUCUACGCCAUUUGUGUGUGUGUUUUCAUUUUUCGCCCAUCGUGUUUGUACACGCCCUGCGGGAGCCUCUUCAAACGCCGGAGUAGCCGUUUGCUCCAGGGCUGUUUGGCCACGGCUCGGAACUAGGUGGCCUCGAACGAUAUACCUUUGAAUCACGAAAAAAUCGAAGCAUGCGAUAUUCCUGGCUAUGUCCUCGCAGCAGAAACAAACAACGGCGCUUCCAAAACACUGGGCUUGGGCUCU